GCAGCCAUGAACAAAGCGGUGAAGGGGCGAGUAGGGCAGGUAGCACGGCGGACGGGGUGCGGUAUCAGCGCUCUUAUCGACUUGGUUCAUUUCCGCGCUCGUGAAACUUGAUCCACCGCGCGCCCUCUCCCACACCACAGACUCCCACCCGCGCGCGCUCGGACAGACGACGACCAGGCGGGAUCCCAUGUUCGCAUCACUGCUGCGCACGCGCAAAGAUGCAGCCGGCCCCGAGACAACGCCCCUUCUGCAGGCCCUGAAUAGGUACCGCAGCCGCGAUGCAGAUGCCCGCAGCGCUGCCGACGACGACGAUGCCGCCCACUACGAUGCCGGCGACGAGGACUACGAGGACGAAGACCAGGGCCGCCGAGACGGGCCGCUGCUGCCCGUCUUCUCGUCUGAAGUCCUGGACCGCGUCCCCAUCUACAAUACGACCCACAGCAUACGCAUCCUCGUGAUCCAGCGAUGCGAGACCACUCUCUCCUGGGACCAGCUGCGUUCCCCGCAGGUCUCGCAGUUCCUUGUCAAGCCCAUCCAGCAGGCCAUCCUCCAGUCCCACUUCUCGCGCGGCGCCAUAUACUGCCUUCUGUCCAACUGUCUGCAGUUCCGGAAAGAGGCCGAGGCAAAUCCCGGGAACAUUGGCGUCAACAAGUCGAGGGCGCUCAUUUGCGAGCUCUUGGCUGUGCGACUGCUUAAGGAACACUCGACUCGGGAGCUCAUCGAUGCGCUCAGCUACGACUUCAACCCGCUGCAGGGCCUCGUCUCACCAGGCGCUGGCACAGCGACUCCGGGUGGGGCUUGGGCGCGGGAGCGCUCAGCGCGUGUUUCGACCGUCGAGAUAGCCAUCCGGGCUCAGGCAAAGAAGUUCCUUGCGCACCCGCUCGUGGUACAGCAGCUCGAGGCCAUCUGGGCGGGCACCAUUGUCUUCCACUCGGUGGCAGACAGCUUGCACAGAAAGCCCGAGCCCCUAAACCGACAGUACCGCACGUUUGACGAUACCCCACGACCCGGACCAUCGCGUCGCCUCUCACCCACGAAACCGAACCGUCCACAGGCCCAGAUAGCCGAUUUGACAAGGAAAACUGUUACCCUGUACGAUCCUCAUGACGCUUCGCUGUUCAAGCUUUCUCGACUUCGUGUACCUCGAUACCGCAACCUGUUCUCGACACUGUCCUAUGGCAUCAUGCUUGGGCUGUUCCUGGCUGUACUCGCGGAGAAAUCUGACGACAUUACGGCCUUGGAAGUUUUGUUCUGGAUCUGGAGCGCGGGCUAUAUGCUCGACGAGGUCGUCGGCUUUUCGGAGCAGGGCUUUGGGCUUUACAUCAUGAGCGUCUGGAAUGCCUUUGAUCUAGGCAUUCUGCUGAUGUUUCUGCUAUACUACGUGCUGCGGUUGCUCGGCAUCCUCAUGCCCGACGUCCACAGCAGGCACGACAUGGCGGCAAUUGCGUAUGAUGUCCUAGGCUCGACUGCGGUCUUGUUGUUUCCCCGACUGUUCUCCGCCCUGGAUCACUACCGCUACUUCUCUCAACUCCUCAUAGCGUUCCGCGGAAUGGCAUUGGAUCUGGUUGCUAUCCUGGUUCUCAUUGUUAUCAGUUGCUCAGGCUUCUUUGUCGCCUUUUCGUUGGCGUUCCAGAGGACAUUGUCACCUUCUGAUACAGCAUACGCUUUGUUCCAAUUGCUCAUGGGUUUCACUCCGGCCGCGUGGGAUAUCUGGGUUGAUGCAAAUCCCUUGGGAAAGGCGCUCUUAGGGCUCUUCCUUUUUAUUUGCCACUUCCUCAUCGUGACCAUCCUCGUUACAGUGCUGACCAAUUCUUUCAUGGCAGUCGUGCAGAAUGCAAAUGAGGAACAUCAGUUCCUGUUUGCCGUGAACACAAUUUCCAUGGUCAAGUCGGAUGCGUUGUUCUCCUACAUCGCACCCACAAACCUGGUGGGCUGGCUCCUGAUUCCGCUCAAGUACUGUAUGCCACUCAAGAGCUUCGUGCGCAUGAAUCGCCUGGUGAUUAAGAUUACGCACAUACCGAUCCUAUUCAGCAUCUUCUGCUACGAGCGAAUCCUUCUUUCGAACUUGGCAUACGGCCCGACGGACCUUGUUGAACAGCGUGGCCGAAGCCAUGCUCAAGGCGCUAUACCCGCUUUCAGUAUCCGUGGCGGUGGUGACCUGUUCAGCCCUGGCCAACGUCUGCGCGAACCCUCCAUUACCACGUUCCACAAAGAUCGCGCCUUAGAGGAAGUUUUCAGGCGCCCGUUCCGAGACCCCAGUCAACGCACACCUUCUAAUGCCUACCCGCAGGGCAGAAGAAACUCUAGCAAUGUGGUGUCGGAUUGGAUGAAGCGCAUGGGCAAUGAAGGUGGAGAUGUUGCGCCUCCACAAGAUGAUGCACGGUCUCUCCUGGAUCGUCUUGAAAGUCGAAAGCGGCCAAUCUUGAGGAGAUCAAAGACAGCAGGGCAAGCUCCUCAGCGACGCAGCAAAUACCCGCUUACAACGUCGAGGGGCGUUGUCUCUGACCCCGAAGACGAACCCAGCCCGUUCACGCGACCCAUUCUAGAAGAAGAAGAGGAGCCGGAAGGACCCCAGCAGACCGAAGACGACGGAGACGACGAACUGCUCACUAACGACGAAGAAGAGCACGGAUCAGAGCACACCACCAAGGACAAUAAGACACCGCACCAGGAAAGUCGACUUGUCACUCCCAACGAUGAGACUACGGAUGAUGAGGAGUACUUCCGUACGCCAAUGACAGUCAGGCCACGUACGCCUCUCAGUCGCACACCUGUCCGGGCAUCCUCCCCAAUCUCAACCGUCAACCCACUGGUCGAAAUAUCGCCUAGCAAGAAACAUCCUCGCUUCAAGCCUUCACAUAAUCGCAACCUCUCCACGAACACCGUCCUGUUCAGCCCAACCAAGGAUGAUCACUCAGCUCAGUCGCACUCGAGCGUCUCCGACGUACCUCCUCGCACAGUUACCCGCAGCGGCACUGCCACACCUGGCCGCCUUCCACAAGAAAGCGCGCGCAACUCAGGCCGCAGUGGUACCACGACGCCUGGUCGCAUACCUCUCGACGGUCACCGCACGCCCAAACGUCCCGCUCCCAAUACCGCCGCCUCUUCUCGUCCCCGCGCCAUUCUGCCCCCCACGCAGCUAAGUCGCCAGAACACCAACAUCGCCAACUUCAUCAGCCUUAAUCAGCGCCAGCGGCAGCCUUCGUUCAAUGCCAUGGCGCUGGACUUGGCAUCCGAUAUUGGCGAUAAUAGACCUCAAGGUGGCGCGUUCAGCGGGUUCCCGGCGAGUUUCAAGAGCCAGAUGGAGAUGGCGGCGAGGGUCAAGGCAAAGGAGCAGGAGGGGAGCGAGCAUAAUGAGGAGAACAAGAGGAUGAGUAGGAUCAUGCUGGCGCGGAUGACGACUCUCGAAGAAGGCUUCCGCGACAUGCUGAAGGAAGUCAAGGGGCUCAAGCGGAGCAGUGGUGGCAGCGACGGGACGCGGAGUCCGCCGAGCGAGCUUUUGAAGCAGCGGAAAGCGAAGGGGAAAAAGAAGGCCGCGGAUCAGCGACGCGGUGAGCUGCAGGACGAACCUAGGAUGGGGAGUAGUUUGUGAUUUUUUCCUGUUUUCCGCCGUUAUUUGGAUUACAUGAUUUUUUACGGUUGCAUGGUCACGGCGUUUGAGCGGCAUACAUGCCAUGGC